AUCUUUUCUGGAGAAAACAAGACGAGAGAUUCAAUUCAGAGGAGAAAGAAAUUUUUUUACAAAACAAAAAGACAUAGUUUAAGUAAUGAUAAUACACUCUCCGUCUCCUCUACACUGCACGAGCUUCUUGAACUAUCGAAGUAGAUCUCAGUGCCAGAGCCGCUUGGUGACUACUAGAUCGGCCGUUGUUCGUAUUUCCACGGGGGCUAUUGGGGCCGUGGCGGCGGUGGUUAUGAUGGCUUCUGUGUCCACAGCUUACGCAGAGCUUUCUCCUCCGCCGCAAGACGGCGAAACGCUAUCGAACGUACCGCAAACGCUAUCAGGUGAAGACUGCAAGAAACAGAGGAUACAACGACCCAAAUCCAAGAACGCAGAGAGAUGCACCGUUAAAUGCGUCAACACUUGUAUACGUGGUGGAGACGGAGAAGGACCGCUCAAUAUCAGAAGGCCACUAGUGGUGUUUAAACAAGGGUUUCGUAGCCGUAAUUACUGCUUAGUGGAAUGUUCAGAUAUAUGCAACUUGAUCGGAGAUGGUGACUAUGGACCUUGAAAACGUUAUGAAUAAGAUGUAGAAGAAGAAACAGUGGAGGAAGGACCUCAUCGACCUUCAGAUUAUUUUUGUAGAGUCUUGUUGAAAAAAUAUUAUUUGAUUUAAACGAGAUUUGAAAUGAUACAUACAACGUCUAUAACAAUUUGGGGAGUACUGUAUCUUGUUUCUUCAUUACGUGGUAACACACGUUAGCUAAUCAAGACCUUUUACUCA